CCUCACGAGAAACUAACAAACUUUGGAUCCCUCGGCCUCCCAUCCGCCCCAAUCCCAUUCGCCGCAAACCUCUGCUCCAUGUACACCCUUCUCGCCUCGUCAAACUUCAACCUCCUCUUCUUCAUGAUAUGCAAGAUCUCCCUCUUCGCGCCCUCGUCCAGCCCCGACCUGGAAUCGCCCGCUGCCAGGUUGGUGUUUAAAUCGAAAUUCGACGACGAGAGACCGGCUUCCAUGUCGGCUUCAAAGGACGAGUUCCCCGGGAGGCGGGAGUAGAGGUACGAGGCUGUGCGGGAUUGGGAGAGGUGGGGGAGCCAGGUUGCGCGGAAGAAGUAGGCGAGGGUGGUGAGGAUGAAGGUUAGGAGGGUGAGGGUUGAGUAGAAGAGGUAGGUCAUGGCUGCGGUAUAUCGUGAUGGAAGUAGAUGUGCGCCGCCUUGAGAAAGGUUGAGAGAAAACGUGUAAAUCGACCUCCUGGCGAGUGUGUUUUGUUUAUGAGAUGUCGUCGGGGCAAAAAGAGGUUGCGUUUGCGGCCCAGAGAUCUGGUGGAUGUAGUCUUGCGGCGGAGGCCUCGGUUCGUUUCACUUCGGGGAGAUCUCGAGAUGCGGCGUAAAGCACUGACGUGAUGUGAUGGUUAUGGAGGGAUGGUGAUAACGUCGGAAAGCAAAAGGAAAAAGAAACAAAAAGAGUGAAUGAAUGUAGAAGGGGUCAAGACAGCAGCAGUCAGAGGAAUGUGGUUCUGUACAUUGCAGUGGCGCUAAUGCGACUGGUGGUUGAUUGACAACUUCCCAGGUUUCCGGAUGGUUUGGUUUGCUGCCGAAUGGGCAACAAGGCAAUGAUCAAGCUGAUGACAUUUCUUGGGGCUUGGAGCCAAGGCCCGAGCUUCGUCAGCAGGUGAAAUGACGGAUGCGGUGCUUGGGAGAAAAAAGCACGGGCCAGCCGCCAAGAGUUUGCUCUCAACUGAUAAGAAGCGAUAAGGAAUUAUGGGCUAAACCCCUUCGGGAUAGUUAGGCGAGCCCACAUUGCUGCGAGCCAGGCAAAAAAUCCAGGCGUUGGAUCUCGAAAUUCAAGAUCACGAAACGAUUUCGCAGACGACUUCACUCGAACCGCCUCGCCCAACCCCAAACCACCCACACACCGCCAAAAUGUCCAACGUCUCUGCUGAUCUCAUCUGGGAGGUUACCCGCCUCCAGAACGCCUUCCUCGUGAAGCGCAAGGAGAGCGGUGGUGUCCAGUUCUCCCGCGACCCCCUCAACCUCACCAACGUCCACUCCCGCAAGUACGCUGGUUACGUCAACGACAAGGCUAUCGGUGUCGUUGCCGGUGAGAACAACACUAUCCAGGUCAUCUCCAAGAAGGUGUCCGCUGGCAACAAGCCCGCCUCCGGCAGAAUCGUCUCUACCAUUGGCGCCUCCAAGGCCAACCGCAAGACCUACAAGUCUAUUGCCAAGCAGACCGCCAAGUACCGUGGCGAUCUCCGCCAGGUCGCCGUUGCCCGCGCCUCCGCCAUCCGUGCUUCCCAGAGACCCGUGAAGCCCUCCCCCGAGCCCAAGCUCCGUGGCAACGCCGCCAAGAAGGCCGCCGAGAAGUCCGAGUAAAGGAUGGAAACGGGAAAAAAGGGAAAACGUUUAUAAAGCUCUGAUGUUGAGUCCGCAACUCCUCGGGUAGACAGAGAGUUGCAUGACACGAAUGGGAUGCCGGGGCAAAAUCGGAACAGGGACGGAUUGUCAAAUCUUGCAUUCAGGAAUGGGUAUGGCGUUUGAUAUCCACAAACAGAGGAUCACCCACUCAGUCGGGAUCUGUUUUGCAGCCAACGGGCGGUGUUGCGGUCAAUAUACGAGGCAUUCAUAAUGAUCAUUCGCUGAAGAAUCGACGAGCUCAAGUGACGACAUGCGUAGUGUAAAAGGUGUCUUUUGGUUCAGGGGUAUUUAUUUAUGAAAACAGCCAUUGAACCCGCC